UCACACGCCCCUGUCAUUUCUAAGUAGGAAGCUCACUCGCUUAGGCACGCAGUCUAUGUACAGAAUGUGACUUCUUCUUCUCAUACUAGGGAGGCUUCACGUAGCGAGAGUGAAAAUACGCAAUGUCUGCUGUGCGCGUCAGUGGCUAGAGAUGUGAAUCCUGUAAUAAGAGGAAAACUAAACACUGUGUGAGAUAAACACCGUCGUUCAUCUGCCUGUAGGUGCUGAACUCGAUGUAUAAUGUCUCGACGAGGACGUUCAAAAAAAUCCAAAGCUCACACAUUCACAGGACAGUGUGAGGGUCCAGGGGUCCAUGUGUUUCUGUUCUGGACCAAAGAGGGAGAGCGCUGCCUGUCUUACAAGGAGGGUGAGGUGACUGCUGAAGAUCUCACCAUCUUCGCAGCAAAGGCUGUGGGGAUCACUCCAGUCUGCCAUGCCUUGUUUGCUCUGUAUGACCCGGCAUCUUCAUGUUGGUACAGUCCAAAUCACAAAUUUAAUGCAGAAGACCAGUCUGGCCUUUUGUUGCAUUUCCGUAUGAGAUUUUACUUCCGAAACUGGCACGGAUUAGGUGAAAAGGAACCGGUAGUGACACGUCAUGCAUUACGGACUGGAACAGGGGCAGAGCCGGUGACGUCUCCUUUGCUGGAGAUGACCUCCCUGGAAUACCUCUUUGCUCAGGCUAAAUAUGAUUUUGUGAAUGACUUGACAUGUUUGGAUGCAGUGAGGGGAGAGGAAGAGAUCAGUCGCUUUAAGAAUGAAUGCCUAGGUUUGGCUGUGCUUCACCUCUCUUACACAGCACUGCAGAGUGGCUCUUCUCUACAGGAUGUGGCCAAGCAGACCAGCUUCCUCCAUUGCAUCCCGCAAUCCUUUUCCCGACACAUUGCCCGGAACAACGUCCUGACGAGGUUCCGUAUUCGACGUGUGUUCACGAACUUUGUGAAAACUUUCCAGCAGCACACAGUGGGCAUGGGAAAACUUGGAUCGCAAGAGGUCGUGUACAAGUAUAUAUCCACACUGGAGCGCCUGGCACCAAAUUUUGGCGUCGAGACCUUCCCUGUGUUCAAUCUUGACCUGAGAGCUGAUGGAGAUGGCAGUGGGUCGUACCUCAAUGCCUCCCGAACACAGGCUCCCUCUGAGGAAACUGGGAACGGUCAGCCUACUUAUGAGAUCAGAGUGUCUGGCUCAGCAGGCAUAUGGUGGAGGAAGACAUCAGCACAAUGGGGGAAUGACUAUAAUCCUAGUCAAAACAGAGAAGCACAGCCACCUGAUGAACAGGAAAUGGACAACUGGAGCACCUUCUGUGACUUCCCUGAGAUCUCUCAUAUUGCCAUUCAGGGCAUAAACGUCUGCAUCAGUCGGCAAGACAACAUGUCAAUGGACAUGCGUUUGGGCUCCAGUCUUCAGGCUCGCUCUCUGGUUUCACUGCUGGAUGGAUAUUUCCGCCUUACAACCGACGCGCAUCAUUAUCUUUGUCACGAAGUGGCUCCGCCCAGAGUGGUUCUCAGUGGGACCAAUGACCUGCACGGUCCCAUACUAGAUGAGUUUGUGCUCCAAAAACUGAAGAAAGAAGCAGAGGAGGGAGCGUUUAUUGUGCGCUGGAGUGUUUUGGAUUACCAUCGCAUAAUCCUGGCAUCUCUGAGUCGGACAAAGGAUGGAGAAAAUCCAACAUACAAACAGUUCAGAAUUACACAGAAGGGCUCCACGUUCAAACUGGAAGGCUGGGAUCAAGAGUUCUCCAGCAUAAAGGAGCUCACCAGUAGCUUAAAGACCUUCGUGCUGAAGUCUGGAGAAGACAGCUUCACUUUGAAAAAGUGCUGCCUGCCCAGACUAGGAGAGCUAUCAAACCUUCUCGUAAUGAGAAAGGGUGCCAACAGUAGCAUUAAAACAGUCUCUGAAGCCCUAAACCUGAGCCAGCUGCGGUUUCAUCAAAUUAAGGACAAGGAAAUUACAAAGGAGCAGCACUUGGGACGAGGGACCAGGACUAACAUUUACUCAGGCUGGCUGAAGGUUCACAGUUCACUAGAGGAUGAAGACGACGAGUCUAAUAACAAUCACCGCAACGUGAAAGGCAUCCGAGUUGUCCUUAAAAUUCUGGACCAGAGCCACAAGGAUAUAGCACUAGCAUUCUUUGAGACGGCUAGUCUCAUGAAUCAGGUGUCACACUGUCAUCUGGUCUUUGUGCAUGGAGUUUCAGUCAAGGGAUCUGAGAACAUCAUGGUGGAGGAGUUUGUGGAGUUCGGCCCAUUAGACGUGUUCCUGCACAGAGAGAAGUCACGUGUCACUCCUCAGCGGAAGUUUACUGUGGCUAAACAGCUUGCCAGCGCUCUUUGCUAUCUUGAGACAAAGCGUUUGGUCCAUGGAAAUGUCUGUGGCAAGAAUAUUCUGGUGGUCAGGAAGGGUUUGGAGGAGGGCACGUCCCCAUUUGUGAAGCUCAGUGACCCUGGCAUUUCUCUGUCGGCUCUGUCUCGUGGAGAGCGCGUGGAGCGCAUCCCGUGGAUCGCUCCGGAGUGUAUCGCUGACGGGGCCCGUGUAGGAAGCGCUGCGGACCAGUGGAGCUUCGGAGCGACUCUGCUGGAAAUCUGCAACAACGGAGAUCUUCCUAUCAGCGGCAGCACACUGCCUGAGAAAGAGCGAUUCUACGAGACACAGAGUCGCCUGGCGGUGCCGUCUUCUCAGGAGCUGGCCAGCUUUAUCAGCAUGUGUCUGACCUACGACUCCGCGGCACGGCCGUCCUUCCGGACCAUUCUGAGAGAGCUAACAGAGAUUCAGAUUAAAAAUCCAGACAUUUCAUCCGAAUGUGAGUCACUCCCAGAUAGAGACCCCAGCCUCUUUUACAAACGCUACCUGAAGAAGAUCAGGGAUCUGGGAGAGGGACAUUUUGGAAAGGUGAUGCUGUACGUCUAUGACCCUGCCAAUGAUGGAACGGGAGAAUAUGUGGCGGUGAAGGCCUUGAAACAAGAGAGUGGAAGUAACCUCCACGAUUCCUGGAUGAAGGAGAUUGAGAUACUCAAGUCACUUUACCACAACAAUAUUGUCAAAUACAAGGGGUGCUGUACUGAACUGGGUGGACAGGUGGUUCAGUUAAUCAUGGAGUAUCUUCCACUGGGAAGCCUCAGAGAGUACCUGCCUAAACAUCGGCUGGGAAUCGCACAAAGUCUCCUGUUUGCGCAGCAGAUCUGUAUGGGGAUGGACUAUCUGCACUCCAAGCGGUACAUCCACCGGGAUUUGGCUGCACGGAAUGUUUUGGUGGAGAAUGAAGGCGUGGUUAAGAUCGGUGACUUCGGCUUGACAAAGUACAUUCCCGAAGGGGAGAUCUACUAUCGUGUCCGUGAGGAUGGAGACAGCCCUGUGUUCUGGUAUGCCAUAGAGUGCCUCAAGGAGAGCAAAUUUUCCUUUGCCUCUGAUGUUUGGUCCUUUGCUGUGACCCUCUAUGAGAUUUUAACCCAUUGCAACCAUCGCCAAAGCCCCCCUUCGAAAUUCUUUGAGAUGAUGGGAUUGGUCCAUGGUCAGAUGACUGUGGUUAAACUUAUUACCCUCCUGGAGAAAAACGAGAGACUGCCGUGCCCUCGAGACUGUCCUCGUGAGGUUUAUUUACUGAUGGAGCAAUGCUGUGAUUUCAACCCUGGGCAGCGUCCAUCAUUCAAUUCCCUGGCUGAGUCUCUGAAGGACAUCCGGCGAACCUACAAACAGCAACCGUCUGUGCAGCUCGCUCAGCUCAACCAUCGCUGACCUGCUCUUUCUCUCUCUCUGUGCUGUUCUCACAGCCUGUAACCACAGCACUUCACUAUGAGCCUGACCACACUUGGCUCAUUGGGCCGUAUUUUUAGAAAAGAGGAUAUUUUUCCUCUUUUUUAUGUUCAGUUGAGGGAACCCACAUACUGUACCUCUCUUUCUACCAAAACUGUGCCGGUGUUUAUGCUAGACCCAGAGCUUGGUUCUACAAACCUCUCUUCGAACUGUUCGCCGCUUUCAGUCACUUCAGAGGUAUACAAUAACUUAACUUACUUUUGCUCUAUAGCCACCAGCUCCAGCAUCAGCACAGGUCCUCUGUCGGUGGAAAAAAGUUAACUGUGACAUUAAGUGCUCUUUAAAGCAACCGUAUGUAAGUUUUGACCUUGAAAUAAUCAGUUUUAAAAUCAUUCUGGUGGUACACUGACUUCUAAGAAGGCGAAUGUCUUCUGUUUCUUUCCCACACUCCACCGCAAACGUCUCUUCUGGGAGUAUGUAAGUUUGGUGACUUGCUUUACGGCAGCAACAAAUGCACGUGUACAGCUGUCCACUGUAAAAACUACAUUGAAUUCCUCACUUAACUGUAGGGGUCACAAAAAUACACAAAACUACAUACAGUUGCUUUAAGUCAAGUGUCUUGCUGUUGAAACCAUAAUAACCAAAGAAUGCAUGGUUGUGGACAUUAUUCAUUCUUUAUUUCAUUCCAAAUGUAAUGUAUUAUUGUGUAGAUACUCUCAGGUGUGUUUAGUUUACUUCCUCUUUCCCCAGUCCUGCUGUUAUAUAUAUAUAUAUA